CUGCUGCCAUUAAAAAAAAUCCAUUCUUCUUUUUCUUCUUUUUCUUUUUCCUUUGGUUCUUUUCCUUUGGUGCUGACUGCUGCCAUUAAAAAAAAUCCAUUCUUCUUCUUCUUCUUCUUUUUCUUUUUCCUUUGGUGCUGACUGCUGCCAUUACUGUUGUGCUGCCAACCUCCCAUUACUCUGUUUUUUGCCAUCCAAUCUUCUUUUUUGGUGCUUCUUUUGCUGCCAUUAGAUUACUAUUAAAAAACAUGGCUGAUGAAAGUUCUAAAAAAGAUCCAGUAUGGAAAUAUGGUCGAUUGCAAAAUGAACAAGAUAUAAAUACGUUUGUCUGUGGAUUUUGUUCGAAAGUAACAAAAGGAGGGGUGUAUCGAUUGAAACAACACCUCGUUGGUGGUUAUAGAAAUGCCAUAGCUUGUAAAAAAUGUCCGGAUCAUGUAAAGGAAGAAAUUAGAGAUUACAUGUCCAAGAAAAAGGAGAUCAAAGAACAAAGAAAUUUGAUUGUGGACAUUGAUGUACAAGAUUACGGUAUGGAGGAUGAAGAUGAAGGGAGUAUUAGUGUAAAUAACAGAGCAACAUCAAGUGGCUCGAGCUUGAAGAAGCCAAGACAAAAGGGUCCAAUGGAUGCAUUUUUUACUCCCAAUCCAGAAAGUGUGGUUCAAAAUAGAAAGAAUGACAAAGGAAAACAAACUUCGUUGAAUGCGGCGUACAAGAAGGAAAUGAGGGAGCACACCAUCCAAAGAAUUGCUCGAUGGUUUUAUGAUGCAGGAGUGCCUUUGAAUGCUUGCACAUAUGAUAGUUUUGCCCCUAUGAUUGAGUCAAUUGGGCAAUUUGGUCCUGGAUUGAAACCACCAACAUAUCAUGAGUUGAGAGUCCCAUGUUUGAAGAAAGAAUUAGAAGCAACAAAUGAGUUGAUGAGCAGCCAUAAAGCAGAGUGGGCUAAGGUUGGAUGCACUGUUAUGGCUGAUGGGUGGACCGACAGAAGAAAUAGGACAUUGAUUAACUUUUUAGUUAAUAGUCCUAAGGGCACCAUGUUUAUUGAGUCCAUCGAUGCUUCAUCUUAUGUGAAGGAUGGAAAGAAGAUGUUCGAGCUACUUGACAAUUUUGUAGAGCGCAUUGGAGAAGCAAAUGUUGUACAAGUAGUUACUGAUAGUGCCUCAGCAAAUGUGAUGGCAGGGAGAUUGUUAGAAGCAAAGCGACCACAAUUGAUAUGGUCUCCAUGUGCUGCUCAUUGCUUAGAUUUGAUGUUGGAGGAUAUAUACAAGAUCUCCAAUAUUCGCAAAGCAUUGAAAAGAGGCAUGGAGAUUAGCAACUUCAUCUAUGUUCGUCCUGGAUUAUUAAACAUGAUGCGACGAUUUACUAAACAAAAGGAGUUAGUUAGACCAGCUAAGACUCGCUUUGCUACUGCUUGCAUUACAUUAUCGAGUAUACAUCAUCAAAAGAACAACUUAAGGAAGAUGUUUACUUCAGAUGAAUGGAAGGAUAGCAAAUGGAGCAAAGAGCAACAAGGAAGGCGAGUAGUUCAGACUAUUUUGUUGGCUAGUUUUUGGACUACAAUUGUGUUUACUCUUAAAGUAUCUGGCCCACUAGUUCGAGUUCUUAGAUUGGUUGAUGGUGAAAAGAAGCCACCUAUGGGAUAUAUUUAUGAGGCCAUGGAUAGAGCUAAAGAAGCUAUUGCUAAGUCGUUCAAUAAUAAUGAAGAAAAAUACAAGGACAUUUUCACCAUAAUUGAUAGAAGAUGGGAGCUUCAGUUGCAUCGUCCUCUGCAUGCAGCGGGGUAUUAUUUAAACCCGUCAUUCUAUUAUUCGAAUCCUAGCAUCCAAGAGGAUGAUGAAAUAGUUAACGGGCUCUACUCAUGCAUAACAAAAAUGGUUGCUUCAUUAGACGUCCAAGACAAAAUACUUGCAGAACUAAGCAAGUAUAAGAGAGCUGAAGCAUUGUUUGGACAACCUUUAGCAAUCAGACAAAGGGACAAAAUAUCUCCAGGUAAAUUUCAACUAAUCGGUUAGUCGAUUACUCAACAAUAAUUAUUUUAUUAAUAUAUAUUUUUUGCCUGUAGUGGAAUGGUGAGAUAAUUUUGGACAAUCAACUCCAAACUUGCAAAAGUUUGCUAUUCGCAUUUUAGGUCUUACUUGUAGUGCUUCUGGAUGCGAACGUAAUUGGAGUGUGUUUGAGCAGGUUAGCUUUCCUCUCCUUUACAUGCGAAUGUAAUUUUGUUGAUUCACUGGCAGUGACAAUGACUUUUCUAAUUUUGUAGCUUCAUAGCAAGAAACGAAAUAGGCUUGCUCAAAGUCGUUUGAAUGAUUUAGUGUUCAUCAAAUACAAUAGAGCAUUAAAACGUCGAUACAACCUUCGAGAUAUCGUCGAUCCCAUCUCUUUAAGAGAUAUUGAUGAUAGUAACGAAUGGUUGAUUGGAAGAUUGGAUGAUGAUUCUGAGGAGGAGGAUGAGCUGGUAUUUGACGAUGAUAUUUUAACGUGGGGUGAUGUUUCAAGAGCUGCCGGAGCAAAAGAACCAACCUUCUAUUCUAGAGCUAGGGCCUCAGGAGCGACUAAUGUUUCAUGUUCAUCCUCGUCUACCACACAACCCACACCCAAACAAAUAAAUUUGGAUGACUCUGAUCAGGAAGAAGAAGAUACCGAUGGCUAUAAGUCCAACGAAGGAGUGAAUGAAGAUGAGGAUCAAUUUAGUGAUGAUGAGUUUGAUCUUUAGGAAUGAACUUCUAUUGUGUUUUGUUUUUUGGGUAGAAAACUAAUAUUAUAAUAUUUUAUACAUUAGAGUUAAAUCUCAUUUCUAUAUUGGUUAUUUACUUAUAUUUUAUA